AUGGGCUGCAACGUUUCUUCAAAUAAAAAACAAAAAGUGGCUCGCCCGGAAGUGGACUUUUUUCUCACAACAGAAGAGAAACAAAUUGCACGUGAAUCUUGGACAGUCAUCUCCCUUGACUUGCCGGCAACUGGGCUACACAUUUUCACAAGGUUUCUGUCAGUGUUGCCAAAACAAUAGAUGAAAAUAUACAUAUUAAUUACUGGCAGAGUUAAGAAACCAGACACAAUAGCAUUUGUUUAAUGGACAGCCUUAAGUUCUUACAUACAGCCUUAAGUUCUUACAUAAAUCCUUAUGUUCUUACAUACAGCCAUAAGUUCUUACAUACAACCUUAAGUCAUUACGUACAGCCCUAUCUUCUCAUAUGCAGCCUUAAGUUCUUCCAUACAGCCUUAAGUUCUUACAUACAGCAUUCAGUUCUUUGGACAGACUUAUGUUUUUUUCAUACAGGCUUAAGUUUGUAUGUACAGUCUAAAGUUCUUUUUACAGCCUUAAGGUCUUAUAUACAGGCUUAAGUUCUUACGUACAGCCCUAAGUUCUUAUAUACAGCCUUAAGGUGUUACAUUCAGCUUUAAAUUCUUAUGUACAGCCUUAAGUUCUUACAUACUGCCUUAAGCUUUUACAUACAGCUUUAAGCUCUUAAAUACAGCGCGUUCUUAUGUUAGGCCUUAAGUUCUUACAUGCAGCCUUGGUAUCUUACUUACUGCCUUAAGGUCUUACGUACAGCCUUAAGGUCUUACGUACAGGCCAUUGUAUGUCAAAUUUUACGGACUGUCCGUAACUUUACAGAAUGUUGGAAACUCUGUUUGGGAACACUGGAUGGGAACCAUGGUUUGGAACCAUUAUUUCUAUCAAAACCACAAUCAGUUCAAAUGUUUUUGUUAGUUUGUCUUAAUUCUAAACGUCAAAAUCAGUUCAAAUGUCUUUUCUGACAUGUCUUAAGUCUAAAUGUUGACUUCAUUAUGACGGAAUUUGCUUGUUUAUUGAAAACAAAUUAAUUUUAAGUUUUUUUUCACAAUAUUAACAGCGCACUAAACAAGCACUAAAAACAAAACAUAUCUUCGGGUUUUUUCCAUAUCUUCGGGUUUUCCCCAUAUCUUCGGGGUUUUCCCAUAUCUUCGGGUUUUUCCCAUAUCUUCGGGUUUUUCCCAUAAAUGUGAUUUACGAUGAAAUUCUUAAAUCAUGAUUUUUUUUCAUUUAAUUUUUUUUUUCAUAACAUUCAAAUUUGGAAAAAAAGAUAACAACAGUUUUUAUAUAGUUAUUUUAAAUAUAUUUGUAAUUUAUAAUCAUUAUACUUAAACAUUUACCAAAAUAAAAGCGGAUAUCUCUUACUUUUUGCGCAUUUGAAUUGAUUCGAUUUCCGUAAAAAAAUAGAAAAUAACUAUCAUUGUUUUUAAGAAUCCGAACGUGUUUAAAUCGCUUCGUUUCUUUGGCGUUAUGGUCAGCACAGCUCAUUCUUAUAAAUAUAUUCAAAAACUUACUUAAUUUUUUUUUUUUUUUUUUUUUUUUUUGUGGAAAAAGGGGGGGGGGGGUAGUUCCUUUAAGGCAAUGACACCUUUUGGGCUUAAAGUUGGGGUGAUUGCACCCUAGAAAUUUUUUGUUUUAUUCAAAAAUUUUUUUUUUUUUUUUUUUUUUUUUUUUUUUUUUUGUGGAAAAAGAGGGGGGGGGGUAGUUCCUUUAAGGCAAUGACAGCUCUUGAGCUUAAAGAUGGGAUGAUUGCACCCUAGAAAUCUUUUGAUUAAUUCAAAAUGCUGGUAUGCCUGAAUUUAAUUUUGCAUCCUUCUCUGCUGCGGAAGGCAAGAUGCUAAUAAACAUUAAGUUUUGACCUUGACAUGUUUUUAUUUUUUUAAAUUUAACAAAAUCUUCUUCGCGUUUUCUUAUUUUGAUAGUAUCAGUUUGUUAGUUGGUGCUGGUAUCUUGCAUCUCGAUUUUGUCCCACCUCCUGGUGUCUACUUGAUCUGAUUCUUUGUAUACUUACCCAUCCCCGAGGAUAAUACAACUCUUCAUGAUCAGUUGGUCAUCGGUGACCUCCGCUGACCCUUACUUGACCUAUAUGAGUGAAAUCUCAGUUUUGAAACACUCUCUGUCCGAUUGAACUGAAACUUUGUACGCUUACCCACCUCUGAUGACAAUGCAAACUUCCGUGGUCAGGAGGUUACCAUUGACCUCUAAUGACCCUUGAGUGACUUCUGCGUAUAUCUCAUGAAUGAAAAGUGAUGCGGAAGUCGUAAUUUCUAUAAAAAGUUUUUCUGUGCAUUAUUCCCAAUUUUCAUUCUUAUGUUUCAAUACAUUUCCUGAAAUAGUAAAUUGGGUAAAUAGUUAGGUGGUUUAAUAGUAAGAUGGUUAAAUAGUAAAGUGGUUACAUAAUAUAGUGCUUAAAUAGUAAAGUGGUAAAAAAGUAAAGGGGGUAAAUGGUAAAGUGGUUAAACAGUAAAGUGGUUUUUUAAACUAUUUUUUAAGACUAUUAAUUUGUUUAAACAUCUUCAUUGAUAGCUUGUGGGGAAAAAGGGGGGGGGGGGGCUAAAAUGUCUGAAAUAAAAACUGUUGGUUAUAUUGGACUUUUGUGUACUGAUCAUCAAUUGGAAUUUUGUGUACUGAUUAUCAAUUGGACUUUUGUUUACUGAUCAUCAAUUGGACUUUUGUGUACUGAUCAUCAAUUGGACUUUUGUGUACUGAUCAUCAAUUGGACUUUUGUGUACUGAUCAUCAAUUGGACUUUUGUGUACUGAUCAUCAAUUGGACUUUUGUGUACUGAUCAAUUGGACUUUUGUGUACUGAUCAUCAAUUGGACUUUUGUGUACUGAUCAUCAAUUGGACUUUUGUGUACUGAUCAUCAAUUGGACUUUUGUGUACUGAUCAUCAAUUGGACUUUUGUGUACUGAUCAACAAUUGGACUUUUGUGUACUGAUAAUCAAUUUGACUUUUGUGUACUGAUCAUCAAUUGGACUUUUGUGUACUGAUCAUCAAUUAGAAUUUUGUGUACUGAUCAUCAAUUGGACUUUUGUGUACUUAUCAUCAAUUUUUUUCAUAUCAUCAAUUUAGAUUUUUUUGUAAAUAUCCCAAGAUGGCAUUUUUUGUAAAUAUCAUCAAUUGGACAUCUUUGUAAAUAUCAUCAAUUGGACAACUUUGUAAAUAUCAUCAAUUGGACUUCUUUGUAAAUAACAUCAAUUGGACUUCUUUGUAAAUAUCAUCAAUUGGACAACUUUGUAAAUAUCAUCAAUUGGACAACUUUGUAAAUAUCAUCAAUUGGACUUUUUUGUAAAUAUAAUACAUUGGACAUCUUUGUAAAUAUCACCAAUGGGAAUUUUGUGUACACAUCAUCUACUUUAUAAUAAGCCAUAAUAUAAACUUAGGAUAUGCUGCAUUGUUGAGGAUAAUUGUCGAUGCAGGCAGUUUGAGACAUUGAGAACUGUUUGAGACUUUGAGAUCUCUUUUUGAGACAUUGAGAAAACUGUUUGAGACAUUUAUAAAUCUUUCGGAUACAUUUACCAGUACAAUUUUGUUAUUUCUUUCUCAUUGAAAUAGAUGUUUGUUUUAUUGCCAACUGUUUGAAAUAGAUCUUCGCUUUACUGCAGACUGUUUGAAAUAGAUCUUUGUUUUAUGGCAGAAUAUUUGAAAUAGAUCUUCGUUUUAUUGCAGAAUGUGUGUCAUAGAUCUUUGUUUUAUUGCAGACUGUUUGAGAUGGAGAACGACAUGAAGAAACUUUUCAAGCGACUCAUGAGCCAGUCUGAGAGCGGCCAUUUUGUCAUCGACACGGCAAGGCUGGAGAGACACGCAACGAUCGUAAUGAAACACCUGGGAAUGGCGGUGGACAGUUUGGAGGACUCUGUGAAGUUUUCAAUGACCUUGAACUCUUUGGGAGAGAAACAUGCAACAUAUCUUGUUUCUCCCGAUAUGUUACCUGUAAGUAAUUGUACCUAUGUACCUAUGAGUACAUUCAUUACAAAAUUAUACAUGUAAUUAAUUGUACCUAUAAGUACAUUUAUCACAAAAUUGUACCCAGAGGUACAUUCUUUACAAAAUUAUACCUGUAAGUAUAUUCAUUACAUAAUGGUACCUGUAUGUACAUUCAUUACAAAAUAGUACAUCUAAGUACAUUCAUUACAAAACAUGACCUGUACGCACAGGAAUCACUGGGGUUGGUGACAACCGGUGCAGUAAUGCUCAUGGCGACAGCCCCCAUUCUUUUAAGCUCAUGACAGAUAAUUACCUCAGUAAUGUCAUUUCGUCUGUAAGGGGUAAUAAUUAAGUACAUCAGUACUGUAAUUUCAUCUGUAAGAGGAUGAUAUUUAGAUGCCACCAUAAGCUUGCUUAACAAAAAUGUUUUAAUUGUUUAGUAAUGUAGCUAACAUUUAUUCUAUUAAGAAAACAUAAUCAUUGAGUCUGUCUAUUGAGUCUGUCUGUUGAGUCUGUCUGUUGGUCUGUCUGUUGAGUCUGUCUGUUGAGUCUGACUGUUGAGCCUGUCUGUUGAGUCUGUCUGUUGAGUCUGUAUUUAAUAAUGUAAGAACGCCAGGACGUCGUGCUCGUCAUUUCUCUAUCGAUAAGUGUCUAAAUUGCGGGUCCCUUGAGAUAAGUGUCUAAAUUGCGGGUCCCUAGACAUAAGUAUCUAAAUGGCGGGUCCCUAGAGAUAAGUGUCUCAAUUGAGGGUCCCUAGAGAUAAGUGUCUAAAUGACGGGUCCCUAGAGAUAAGUGUCUACAUGGCGGGUCCCUAGAGAUAAGUGUCUAAAUGGUGGGUCCUAGAGAUAAGUGUCUAAAUGGCGGGUCCCAAGAGAUAAGUGUCUGAUAUGCGGGUCCCUAGAGAUAAGUGUCUAAAUGGCGGGUCCCUAGAGAUAAGUGUCUAAAUGGCGGGUCCCUAGAGAUAAGUGUCUAAAUGGCGGGUCCCUAGAGAUAAGUGUCUAAAUGGCGGGUCCCUAGAGAUAAGUGUCUAAAUGGUGGGUCCCUAGAGAUAAGUGUCUAAAUGGUGGGUCCCUAGAGAUAAGUGUCUAAAUGGUGGGUCCCUAGAGAUAAGUGUCUAAAUGGUGGGUCCCUAGAGAUAAGUGUCUAAAUGGUGGGUCCCUAGAGAUAAGUGUCUAAAUGGUGGGUCCCUAGAGAUAAGUGUCUAAAUGGUGGGUCCCUAGAGAUAAGUGUCUAAAUGGUGGGUCCCUAGAGAUAAGUGUCUAAAUGGUGGGUCCCUAGAGAUAAGUGUCUAAAUGGUGGGUCCCUAGAGAUAAGUGUCUAAAUGGUGGGUCCCUAGAGAUAAGUGUCUAAAUGGUGGGUCCCUAGAGAUAAGUGUCUAAAUGGUGGGUCCCUAGAGAUAAGUGUCUAAAUGGUGGGUCCCUAGAGAUAAGUGUCUAAAUGGUGGGUCCCUAGAGAUAAGUGUCUAAAUGGUGGGUCCCUAGAGAUAAGUGUCUAAAUGGUGGGUCCCUAGAGAUAAGUGUCUAAAUGGUGGGUCCCUAGAGAUAAGUGUCUAAAUGGUGGGUCCCUAGAGAUAAGUGUCUAAAUGGUGGGUCCCUAGAGAUAAGUGUCUAAAUGGUGGGUCCCUAGAGAUAAGUGUCUAAAUGGUGGGUCCCUAGAGAUAAGUGUCUAAAUGGUGGGUCCCUAGAGAUAAGUGUCUAAAUUGUGGGUCCCUAGAGAUAAGUGUCUAAAUUGCGGGUCCCUAGAGAUAAGUGUCUAAAUGGUUGGUCCCUUGAGAUAAGUGUCUAAAUGGCAGGUCCCUAGAGAUACGUGUCUAAAUGGCGGGUCUCUUGAGAUAAGUGUCUAAAUGGCGGGUCCUUAGAGAUUAGUGUCUAAAUUGCGGGUCCCUAGAGAUAUGUGUCUAAAUGGUGGGUCCCUAGAGAUAAGUGUCAAAAUGGCGGGUCGCUAGAGAUAAUUGUUUUAAUGGCGGAUCCCUAGAGAUAAGUGUCUAAAUGGCGGGUCCUUAAAUAUAAGUGUCUUAAUGGUGGGUCCCUUGAUAUAAGUGUUUUAAUUUAUGUCUCUAGAUAUAAGUACUUUAAUUGCAUGUCUGUAGAUAAAAGUGUUUUAUUUUUCCCUAGUUUUUGUGGCCAGCCGUCCGUGACGGACUCAAGAUGAGGCUUGGAGACAAAUUCACGGUCAAGACAGAGUUAGCCUGGAAACAUAUUUAUGAUUAUAUCACUUGUAAAAUAUCGGAGGGUAUUGAAAUUGGCAGGCAUAAUAAUCGGAAAAUAAUACAUCACUAG